UAGAGGAGAUAAGGAGGAAGAGAGGAGUUAAGGAGGACUAGUAGAGAGAAGCAGGAAAAGCCAAAAUGAAGCCUAAGUGCUUCCAAAAAAAUGAUCGAGGAUCAGGAGCUUGGAGGAAAAUGAAAAGGAGUCGUGAGGAUGAUAAGGAAAAAUCAGAUGAGAGAAGGAUGAGCAAAAAAGCUAAAAAAUCUGAGAAGAGCUUUGAAAAGAAUAAAAACAUGGGAGAAGAGAGCAGGAAGGAGAUCAAAGAGCAGGAAGAAAAGAAGAAGUUUCAGCAGAAAAGAUCUAGGAGCCCAGAGAGCAGCACAGGAGAAGGAAGCAGCAGAAAGAAGAGACCCUGUGUUCCAGCCACAAGACCUGCCUCAAUUAACAUCGACUGCUUCAGAUUCCACUCUGAGCUUGGACGAGGGGCCUUUGCCAAGGUCAUGAUGGCUACUUGGACCAGCAGGAAACAACGUGUAGCCAUGAAGGUCUCAGAGAAGACACCAGAGACUGAGAUGGAAGUCCGCGUGCUAAAGGUUGCUAAGGGCAGCCCCUUCCUAUGUCACGCCUAUGGGGCCUUUCAAUCAAAGAGCCAUGCCUAUAUCGUCCUGGAGUACAUCAGAGGGGGUACACUUAUGGCUGCGAUGAGGAAGACAGGACACCUGAAGGAAGACACCAUCGCGUUCUACGCAGCAGAGAUGAUUUGCGGCCUGCAGUUCCUUCAUUCCAACGGGAUCAUCCAUCUUGACCUGAAACCAGCUAACAUCCUGCUAGACGGAGAAAGCCACAUAAAAAUAGCUGACUUUGGUCUGGCAAUGGACAACAUGGUCGGGAACAACACCACCACAGGCCUGGUUGGAACAUUCAGAUAUAUGGCACCAGAGGUGAUCCAAGGAGAGGAGUACGGCGCAGCAGCAGAUUGGUGGUCUUUGGGUAUCAUCAUCUACCAAAUGGCCACCUCCACAUUCCCAUUUUCUACCACAGAUGGGAAACAACUGUCAGCACUCAAGGAUGAGCCCUUUUAUCCCAGAUGGCUCAGUAAAGAACUAGUGGAUCUCCUGCAAGCACUAUUGAAGAAAGACCAGCAUCUUCGCCUUGGCACAACCGGGAACAUCAGGAAGCACCCUUUCUUCCAUCAUAUUGACUGGGUGAAACUGGAAAAUCGCCAAGUACAACCACCUUUCCAGCUAGCAGUGCGAUCAGUUGAGGACUUCUGUGACUCCGAUGGAGACUCUCCAUUUUUUUCAAGGAAUAAGAUCAGGAAUGGUGGUAACAGAGUCCUAGAGGAUUUCUCCUUCCUGGAUCCCAGCCUCCAGGAGUAGGUGCCAUGUGACAUCCAAGGCCUUCAACUACAGUCAUCUGCCCCAGUUCCGCUGCUGCGUAGAAACCAACCAUCAUCAUCUGCUGCAACUGUCUAAAAUUAACACCAAAGUCUUUUCUGCUGAAUUCCAAGGAGGUGACCGAUACAUUAUAUAGAUCAGGAUUAGUAAAUAUAUUUUACAUUUUAUUGGGUAUUGGGGGGGAUGUAAUUUAUUAUUACUUGAUUUAAUUCAGUUGGUAUGUAGAAGUAUAUAUAUAAAAUACAUUUUAUGAAUUGGGUAUUGGGGGGAUGUAAUUUAUUAUUAGUUGAUUUAAUUCAGUAGGUAUGUAGAAGUAUAUAUAUAUAUAAUACAUUUUAUGAAUUGGGUAUUGGGGGGGACGUAAUUUAUUAUUACUUGAUUUAAUUCAGUGGGUAUGUAGAGUGUAUGUUAGAGUUAGUCUAGGAUGUUUUUCUCCCUUAACAGGUAAUUAAAAAGAAGAUAAGGUAAGAGACAGCAGUGAAUGCUAAUAUUGUAUUUAACCACCCUAAUAUUUAUAACAAUCUUUUCCACACUAGGCACACUUGCUGUUCAUAAAGCAAAAAUUAAUAGUUAAUAAGGUUAAUAGGCAUAAAUAAAAUGAAAAAUGUCCAUAUUAUUAUUCAUUUACAGAUAUUUCUAAACUUCAUGGAUACUAGCUCCCAUUCUAAGUUGCUGUGCCAGUGACUAUAUGGUUAAUUGACUAUGCAUAUGGCUUCAUCAAUAGACUCCCCUCUGCACAGUUCUCUCCGCACCUCCAUUAUAUUUUAAAGCUUUGCAACAGCAAGGUCAGCUUCUAGGUCCCCCAGUGAUGACAUAUAGUGGUCAUGUCAGCAAUCUGAUAUAGAGCCCAAUCCAAUAUAGAACCCCUGACUCGAGGAAAGAGAGUCAAUAAACCAGGUUUAUGUCAUAUCCCUGAUAGAACCUUGAUAUUCAGCUUCCCCAGCUUUAAAUCUAAAGGAAAGUAUAAAUAAAAAUAGAAAGAAAUGUUAAAAAAUAAAUAUAAAUUGUACAAUCUGUCAGAAUUACCAGCAAUUCCAUUCAGACACCCCUAUUGUUAUGCACCUACCAAAUUAUGACUCAAAUUCACCCAGCAAGGCCUCCCCAUUAAACCAAGUCUUCCCCAGGAACUGCCUCAAAGCACAACACUCUGUCCCUACUUAGCAAACGUAUUCCACUGCCUGUCAAUUUUUAAAAAAAAUUCAUUAAUUCAGUAAAACAAGCAUUAUAUCAUUAUCAUUUAUUUACAUAGCGCCAACAAGUUAUGCAGUGCUUUACAUUAGAUAACUAACAGGGAACAAAUAGUAAAUAACAAACUAAAGAGUUAGGAUACAAUGACACAUAGGAAUUUUAGAAACAAAUUUGUGAUCUAUAAUAUGACUGACUAAUUAAGAUACAUUGAAUAAGCUUCCCUAAGCAGGUGGAUCUUUAGGGAGCAUCUGGAAGGAAGGAGGGAGACAACUGGAGGCAGAGAGAGUUCCAGACAAAAGAAAAAGCCAGAGAAAAGUCUUCCAGACGAGAAAGAUGAACGAAUCAAGCAACACAAGAAACAGAUUGCAGUAGUCAUUAUACAUUGUUUAAAAUGCUUAAUUUUACAAUAAAGUUAAAACCCCUAACAAGUUAAACACUGUGUCUUGUUGCCUUACUAAUACACCAUAAGGUAUUCCUAUACCCUCCAGGUUUAGUGUUGAUACCAAAGGGUUAUACUUUCAUAAGCUAGGUCUUGUAACAAGGGGGGACUUGGAGAGUUGUGGGAGAGGCGAUGGUUGGAAAGCUGUCAGAUUCAGUAUGAUAGAUUUGGGGCAAUUCAGAGAUUGGAGGAAGGGCUAUUUAGUGAAUUACUGCAUGUGGUAACUGAAGGUACCU